UGUACAGUGCAUCAAUUGUUCUCGAUUUUAUUCGGUGCUGGUUUUAUAACAAUGCGACUAGGUGUGAUAUGUUUUUGUGGACUGAUUAUUUUAUGGUUAAUUGAUUUGUCUUGGUCGUUGAAUGAGCAACACAACAAGAAGUCGUGCAUAUGGAUAAUCUUCAGGAAAAGGAGGCCUUUACCACCCAGAAGACCACAAAAUGCCACGACCCAAAGCCCAACUGAUGAAAUGACAAUGUCUGCGGCAGUCACCGAGCCCAUGCCUGUCACACAACCUCCGGAGAUACCUCCUGCAACUUCCGAAGCGCCUCCAGAAAUGGAAGCACCAACUGAAGGAACGCAAGCUCCUCCGGAAGAAACCACUGAAGCCACUGAAGAAGUUCCAGAAGUAACAACGCAAGAACAAACUGAAGCUGGGACGGAAGCUCCGGAGGCAACAACUCAGGAACCGGGAACUACGGAAGAAGGAACUGAAGCUGGAACGGAAGGUGGUGGAGACGCCACAACAGAAGAAGCACCACCGCAAGAAACUGAUUCACCGGAGGAAUUAACUGAACCAACGGUUACUGAAGAAGUGGUUCAGGAAGAACUGUCAAGAUUAAGAAGAAGGAAUGGAAGAGUUUUCGGUUAAUUUUGUAGUAAUAAAAAUGAUCAAAUCAUU